UUAAAGGAAUUACAAGAUAUUGUUCACUCGAAUCAGAAACAAAUGGAGCUGUUUUGGAGUGGUCAAGUACCUGAAUCAAUUCCCGAAAUGAAUCAUAACGGCAAAAAGUUAAUGUCAUCCAGUAGUACGACGCCUGGGGUAACAAAUCUGAAACUUGAUGACCAACUGUCUCGGGCAAUAUUUAAUCUUGAACACAGUCUUGAUACGACAUUACUGAAAUUAUUUGUUUCCUUUUACCAACUUCUUUUACACAUAAACACCGGAGAAGAGUUGGUACAUGUUAUAACAAAACACAAUCUAAGACCUAUGCUGUUUCAAUCCAGUCAUGAAAUCUGUAAUUUAACAAAUGAUAUUCCACUGUUUGCAAAGAUAUCCACUUCUUCGACAGUUUCGGAUUUUAUAAGAGAAAACAGUAAAACCAUACAGAAAUAUUUUAACAACGCAAUAUACCCGUACUCCUUAAUCGAGAAAAUGGUAUCGUCUGAUGAAUGUCGAAAUAAUUUAAAGAGACACUGUGUUGUACAAGAGGAUGUGAAGAAAACUGUUCCUGCUAAAAGUCUUGGAUUGUUAUACGAUACUUUAUUAAUAGUCAACUCUAAUGCAACAACUAAAUCAAUUGAUGUUCAGCUACAAUAUAGAAGUUCUAUAUAUACCAGCAGUGAAGCUAAAACACUCUUAAAUCAACUCCACCAAAUUCUACUGUUGGUAACAUCUAACUACAACAUGGCCAUAAGCAAUAUUGGAAAGAGUGUGGGUUUUGUUCUCAAUAAAGAUGCUAAUUACAAAAGCACGAAAACAAAUGCACCAAUAAACGUAGGAGAAGAAAGAAAACAAAGAAUCGAUGGACACAUUGCUGACAUACCAGAUUCUUCAAUGGCGAUACUUAAGUCCAAGAACACCGGUUCAGACGGUUUACCGGAAAAUACAUUAUCUUACAGUGAAUAUUAUUUCUACGAACGAUAUGUGAAUGAAAAUUUAGUUGGGCAUCAUCUCACCAAUGAAUUACAUAUGAAGAAAAGGGCAGGUAAGUAA